GAAGGGAAAAUUGACGCUGCCGUGCAGCUGGAGUAGAAAAUAAGUUUUAAAGAAACAUGCACGGAGGGGAUGAGAGUGAAGCAAAUUCCCAUCGGAACUCCGCGAUUCCGGCUAUAAAGUCGUUAGAGGCGGCCGACAUUGAGGGUACAAAGGAGGAGGCAUCGAAACUAUGCGGUUAUCUGAAUAAGAUUGUGGGUAAGGGCCCACUAAGAGGUUUCAAAUCCCGAUGGUUUGUGUACGAUCCCAGAACAUGCUAUUUGUAUUACUUCAAGACUCCUCAAGACGCUCUUCCUCUGGGACACAUUGAAAUAGCCGAUGCCAGUUUUUGCUACGAUGUGGAAGGGGAGGAGGGACAGUUCGAGAUCCACACUUCAGGGAAGGAAUUUUUGCUCAAGGCGCAGAAUGCGCAGGUGAUGCGUUACUGGCUGCAGCAGCUGCAGCAGAUGCGCUGGGAGUUCUGCACGGCACGUGGCUCCGUCAGGCGGGACAGCUGGAGCUGCCCGACUCCGCCCCACCUCCACAGCGGCCUGGUGGCUCGCGACGCAGAGACGUUUGCCCCGGACAAGCGCACUGAGACCGUGGAGAAGGUGCGCAGCGACUUCGCCAUGGAGACCAGCGCGGAAGGCCAGGUGGGGGCGCACACCGCCCGCAGCCCCACCGCCAACAUCAACCGCUCCUUCCGACAGUGGGGCACCGAGCUGAGGAACUCCAUGUCGCAUUUCCGCCCGUACCGCGGGGGCGAGUCGAAGCGCAGCGUCUCCCUGCGGGGCCGCUCGGGCGAAUGGGAGAUGGCGGACCCCCCGGAACACGGGGCACCGCUGGACACCCCCAGGAAAACCCCCACAGAAACCCGCAGGAACUCCGCCAGCUCGGCAUUCACCUUUGACCUCAGCCGCGGCUCCCUGCGGUCCAGGCGGCCCUCCCCGCGGGGCGCAGCGGCGUCGGGGAGGCCGGGCCGCAGCGCGGACGCAGCGGCACUGGAGUGCAACGGCAGCAAGGCGUCCAACGUAGAGCUCCGCCUCCAGAGCCAGGAGGAGGAGCUUACGCUGCUCCAUGAAGAGAUGGCCAAUUACCAGGAUCUGGUGAAGGUCCUACAGCACAGCCUUAAGGACCUUCAAAGGGGGAGGAGCCCUGUGGGGGCCACGCCCAGUGGUCUCCAAGACACGCCCAAAGACAUGCCCAGAGGGCACCCAGACAUGCCCGCAGGAACCCUGGACAUGCCCGCUGAGCCCCGGGACGCGCCCGAGACCUUGGGGGCGGGGGAUGAGCAGGUGCGGGCCCUCAGGGGCCACUUGGAGAAGCUGUCGGCGGAGAAGGCGGGGCUGCAGGGCGAGGUGGACGCUCUGAGGACCAGGGUGGGGGAGAUCGGCGAGCAGCUGGCCAUGCUCAUGGAGACCAUCCAGGCCAAGGACCGGAUCAUAAUGGAGCUCUCCCAGCAGGGCGGCGCCGUGCUCGCGGCUGACUGCAGCUCCCCCACCUCCACGGCCCAGGAGCUCCAGGAGCUGGACAAACUUAGGGAUAGUCUUCAGGGGUAUAAAUCGCAAAAUAAGUUCUUGAACAAAGAGAUCCUGGAGCUGUCCGUACUGCGCCGCAACGCAGAGAGCAGGGAGAAGGCCCUGGAGGUCAAGUAUAAAUCUCUGGAGGCUAAGCUGUGCCAGGUGGAGAGUAAGUACCUGGUGCUGCUGCAGGAGGUGAAGAACCCUGUGUGCUCUUCAUCAGAGCAGAGUCCUGCACGCGAGGUCAUCUGCAGACUGCUGGAGGAUGCCCUGCAGGUGGACAGCAGUGAGGAGGAGAACCCCAUCUUUAAACCCCACCCUGUCAGCGAGUAUGACGUGUACGGCUUUAAGACUGUUCCUGAGGACGAUGAGGAAGAGAGGCUGGCGGCGAAGGCCCGAGCGCUGGACCUGCAUUCCCUGUCCCUCACGGAGCAAGAGGUGUCCGUGGGGGUGCGGUGGGAGAACUAUCUGGCAGGGACGGUCACCCGGGAGAUGACGCGGUCGCCGGAGCUCAAGGUCCUGAUGCGCAGCGGCGUGCCCCAUGAACACCGGUCCAAUGUGUGGCGCUGGUGCGUGACCUUCCACUCCAGAAAGUUCCGGGAGAGCGCCCCACCGGGCUACUACGAGGGCCUGCUGGCCAAGGCCCGGGAGAAGCAGAACCCCGCUUCCAAGCAGAUAGAGCUGGACCUGUUGCGCACUCUGCCCAACAACAAGCACUACUCCUGCCCCUCCUCCGAGGGCGUCCAGAAGCUCCGGAAUGUUCUGCUCGCCUUCUCCUGGAGGAACCAUGACAUUGGCUACUGCCAGGGCCUGAACAGGUUGGCAGCCAUUGCCCUUCUCUACCUAGAGGAGGAAAAUGCCUUCUGGUGCCUGGUUACCAUCGUAGAGGUGUUCAUGCCACGGGACUACUACACCAAGACGCUGCUGGGAUCACAGGUGGAUCAGCGGGUGCUGAAAGACCUGAUGAGCGAGAAACUGCCACGCCUUCACGCACAUUUUGAGCUGCACCAGGUGGACUUCUCCCUCAUCACCUUCAACUGGUUCCUGGUGGUUUUUGUGGACAGCGUGGUCAGUGACAUCCUCUUCAAGAUCUGGGAUGCCUUUCUCUACGAGGGGCCCAAGGUAAUAUUCCGCUUAGCCCUCGCCCUUUUCAAGUACAGCGAAGAGGAUUUCCUCAAACUUGACGACUCUACCAGCAUUUUCAAAUACCUCCGUUGCUUCUCCCACAACAUCCUUGAUUCCAGGAAGCUGAUGGCCCUGGCAUUCCAGGGCUUGAACCCUUUCCCUCUGAGACUGAUCCGGAAUCGCCGGGCCUUCCACCUGGAGAGAGUCCGUUUGGAGCUCACUGAGCUGGAAGCCAUUCGCCAGACCUUCCUGAGAGAGAGGGAGACCACGCCCCACGACAGGGCUCUCCUCAGCGACGACGACGAGGAUAACUAGCCAAUGGCUAAUUAAUUCUCACGGACACGUGACUGGCAAUCAAAAGUUCAGAUUACUUGUUCCGGCAUUCCUUCCAUUCUAGAAUUGUGGGCCAAUUGCCAUGCAGCAGUUUCCUGAUUGGCUGGGCGUAGUCUGCUGUGAGCGUACUUAUAUGAGCUGGAACCAGGCCCACUUCUGGGCAUUUAGACUUCUGUCAAUUACAAGAACCAACAGACUUUCCAUGUUUACAGGCCUUCUUGCCAGUAUGUCAGCAUGCCCACCUGUGCUUCUGGUUUUGUCUGUCUGUUUAAUCUUUUCUAGUGGGGGUCGUGGGGGGUGGGGUGUUGUUCCCUGGGUGUACUGGGGUGAGCGGUUUAUAUGACCAAACCUAACUAUGCUGCUGAAUGUAAAUUAUGAUCGCGGCUGCAGGCUCUUCAAAAGAUCAUGACCAGUGUUUCAUUGUCAUUCCUAGAAUUAUAAUCAUGGGCCAUUAGUCAACAUGAGACUUUCAGACAAGAAUCAUGAAGUGUUUGAGCAAAUAUAAAUGAUUCAUACACUUGGGUACAGUAGUGAUAAAAAAGCAGGGAUUGUUAUACCAAGGUUUUCAGGUUUGGUUGGUGGGAGGGGUGGAGGGCGGAAUGGUGUGGGGGCUAGGCACUUGCUGUUGAGCAAGGUAUUUAGUCUGACCUGUUCCUGUAAGUCCAGGUAUUGGUAAACUGGGAUAUUGUGCACUACAGAUGCUAAGCAGUACUAGACAACAGCUAUACACAUGUGCAUUGAAUAGAUGCAGAAAUUCGGGUCUGUGGCACAAUUCACAGUACAAGCCUUACAAAUGGAGUACAGCUUGGGCUAACAGUUCUUCUGUGCAGUAAUUACACACAUACGGAGAUGUGUUUGCAUCUAGCCUCCUCCUAGCCCCUUCCCGAACUUCACGAGCACUUCUUUAAGUCGUCCAUGUCGUCUUCUGGCACUUGGAGCACUUUAAUUUUCAUGGAUCUGCAGUUUACGGCACUCGCUCCUGAUCCUCCAGACAGACAGGAAAUGUCUCUGAAUCAUUCCACGCAGCUGGAUUCCAGUCGGUAACACCGGAUGAGCAGGGAACGUGAAGAGCCACAAAGAAAGGAAAAAAACCUGGAAUCUGAACUCAAAUGUAAAGACUGGGCUGGAUGCCAAAUAACUGAGCACAAGACAUUUAACUCUAAAUGGGUGUCGUGGAAAUGAUUCUGACAUUGCAAAUCCGACUUUAAAACACAGAUUUUUGCUUUGUUUUUCUGUUUAUAUUUUGAUGUCUCUGUCUCUGGCAGGUGGCUAUGUUUUUGAGAAAUGUAUUUUUGCACGUUUCUGCAAACCCGUCCUCUCAUUUUACUGUCCAAAUGUCCUGUGGCCUGCCUUUCAGUCUGUAUAUAUUCAGCAGCUUGCACUCAGCAUGUCCAGAAUGUCAGAAAUGUAUACACGUCUCUACAUUCUUUGACCUAUGACCUAUGACCUGUGACCUGUGUCAUGUACUUUGAGUUACAGGCUCUGCCUUUAUUUCUGGGAACAUUCUCCCAUUUCACCUGCAGGGAGUUUGUGUAUGUGCUGCUGCAACUGUACAAGACACGGUACAGAGACUUUUUUUCUUGCUGUUUUACCUUUGCUGGCCUCAAGGGGGUGUGUUUUUUUUUUUUAAUCCCUUUUUUACGGAUAUUCCGGAAAAAAAGAAAAACUCAGAAUUUACACAGAAAUUAAACAGGAUGGUCGUGCAUGCUAAUUGAUUUGCAUUUCUGUAGACAAUUUCAACAUCAUUAUUAUAUCGUUGGGCAUUUUUAUGCCUCUGAGCAUGGCUGUAUUAAAUUCAGGGCUCAAGUGGAACUAAGAAUAGGACUGAAGAGUGAGAGGACGCUCCUGAAAGGAGGGUAAGAUUUUUAAAAAAUCCUGCCCUGUCUUCUAGCCUCUGUAUUUACAUUUUAUUUACUUAAAUAUUUUUCUUGGAUCUUUUCUGAUAUUUUUUUACAUUAAGAAAUUCCUCAAAAAUUCCAAAUGCGUGUCUAUUUAAUUGGCUUAUACAAUAUUUUAUGCUUUUAUGUAAUCAGCAUGAGUCUUCAUCAUAUAAAUGUAUAUAGAACAGUAACCAAUGUAUUAUGUGGUAAUUUGCAAUGGCUAUCACCAUGACGAUGCUGGAUUAGCGUAGUGUCUAUAUCUCAGUCUGGGAACCUUGCGGUUCAGAUGUAAAAAAAAAAAAAAAAAAAGGAACAUAUUUAACAGUCUUUAGUAAAAUUGUAGGUUUUCAUUUCUUUUGGGGUCACGUCUCCUUGACCUGGUAUUGUUUUGGUCUAUUCCCUUCUAAGAUUUAGAAAAGCUGAUUAUAUGAAUGGGAAUUCCACUCCAGGCAGCAGGGCUACUAAAUUACUCAAAUGAAUUAAGGUCAGGCACACACACUCAUAAUUCCUCUUCUCUCCUGCUGUAUUUUUUCUGUUACAUAUUGACCUACCAUCAACAAGCUGUAUGUUUUUUUUAGUUAUUAUAAAUGAUGUUACCAAAGCCAUUAAAUCAGUUCUUUUCUUUAUUGCUACAUUUUAUUGAUAUUUGUAUGUACGUGUGUGUCUCUGGCUGUGUAUACAUAUGUGUGUUUGUGUGAAAGAUUCAAGCAUGCCAUAUCACAAUUCUUCAGUACAAUGACAUUUAUGUACCUUUGGAAUAUACAAUAAAACACAACAAAAUGUUUGGGACAAAGAUCA